UAUUUUAAUAUGCUUAAUUCACUUCUUUCAGAUGAAAGCAAAAAACAUUUAUGUGGGUCACGGAGGAGCUCAAAACUGAGAUACCCGUUAUUUGUCUUUGGAAAUAUUCCUCCAUCUACAACACAGGCCAAAACGUAAAUCUGUCAAUAUAUACGCGGCAAGACUAUCCUCAUUAGUUCAAUUCUAUCUCCCAAUAUAAGGUCCAUAUUAUACAGACUUAUUGGUUAGUUUGGCGCAAGAAGACUCAUUAGGUCGGUGGGUUAUUGCUGACUUCAUAUCUUCAGAUCUGUUCCUCCGGUCAAUUUCCCAGACGAGCUUCAUAACCCGAACUUCUAAUAAUGGCGAAGGAAUCCCGCAUGGUAGUAUUGCAGUACAGCAAAGAAAAACGCGAAACCAUUGAAAAUAUUAUAAAUAUGGAAAGUGUACUCGCGCAGCAGGUGGUCAAUCAUGGCUUGAAUAUUGGAGAGAGUGCCUCAGAGCCCAAAUUACCUAUUCAUCAAAGCUCUAAGAUUGAAGAAGCCCUAUCUCAAAUUCGCAGGGUCCUGCGCAAUUUCAAUUGUGAGCGAGCCAUCGCGGAGUGUCUCCUUCUUGCCGGGGAAGCACUUCGGUCUUUGAGAGAUCCUAGUGUCGCGAAGGAAGGAGUACAGAUUUCGGAUGAUCAGCAUCAAUCUCUUGUGAAAAACAAUGGUGUUACAGAAACGGUCAAACCUAUGCCCAUCAUUGAGCAUUGGCGGAAAGAAGACUUCCGAUCUAGAAUCUCCGAGUUGACAGAGGCAAAUCAGAAACUUAGUGAUGCAAAUAUUGUGUUCGAGAAGAAAAAUAAUGAGUUAAUAAGUGAGGUAGAUGCAAAGGAGAUUGAAUUAUCCGCACUGAAGGAUGAGUUGAAAAGAAUGAGAGAAAAUGAGAGUCAACUGAAAAAUGUGGAGGAGAAUUUGGAGGCUUCACGAGAUACCACAGACAAGGCUCUUAAGGUAUUCUCCUCGCUCAAGGAGAAAGAUAGUAGAUACCGGGAUGGCUCUCUCAAAUUAAAGGAUGAACUUGAGACAUGCCAGGCAGAGAGGAAGGAGAUUAUCAAGGAUUCGAAACAUCAAAAUGAGGCUUGGGAAAGGAAACAUGCGGAGCUAUUUGAAAGGAAUGAAUAUCUAAAAGGGAAAAUUACUGGGUUCAAAAGAAAAUUAGGUGAUGUGAUGGAAGAUAUUGAUAAUGGUACUCCGAGCAAGAAAAGACAGGGAGCUAAAUUGGUUAUAGACAUCACUGGCUGAUAUAUUUUUCAUUAUUAUCGCCUGUGACACAACAUGCGAAAUUAUUCUAAGAGCUUUUCCUCAAAGCUCUUUCAUCAAGGGUUUUGGACUGAUUUACAUUAGUAGUCAUUUUAGUUAAAGGGUUAGCGACACUAGGGUUGUGCUUCGAGACUUUGGCCAUCUCAAUAUUUACUUUGGCAAACUGGCUGAAUAACUCAUAAGGAUACUCAUCAGAGGUUCCAGACAUCAGCGUUAGGAGCCUUCAUUCUAAUUGUAUGAAUUCAAUACUGUAAGUCACGUGAAUCACUUUUUAUCACCACAAGUUCAUCCAUCCAGCAAAUACCAAACAUCCUUUUUCUGCUUUAAACCUUUGAUGAUUUUAAUAUACAUAGUUAUUGAAAUUUCUUUACUUGCAUUUAUUAUGGUUCAUUAGGAAAUUCAGGCUGCAAUAGCUAAGUGCUACCAAUCUUAGGAACCAUUUACCAUCGACAGCGAGCAACAUGGUGGUUACUGCAUUAAUUCACUCAUGACCAAGAAUAAGUUGGCAAAAGCCCUUGGGGUUAAAGAUGCAAACAUCCAGCAGUAUGGUACAGUGUUGGUGGCCCCUUUAGUUCGUUCGGAUAGAUAGUAGUUAAGGUGUAUAUCCAGCUCAUUUUGAAGGAUGCCGUUCCGAGGAGGCAACAGGUCCCCUAACAGCACUCGAACCUAGCACGGCAUUUGUUUCCCGGGAGGAUAAUGGAUAAAGGAUGAAGGAUGAUGUAUUCAUUGUGCUUUAUUAUUGUGUUAUGUA